CUCCCUUGGAAGUCCCUGGCUAGCAUCGUGCAGUUCUACUACAUGUGGAAAACUACGGACCGAUACAUCCAGCAGAAACGGUUGAAAGCGGCGGAAGCCGACAGCAAAUUGAAGCAAGUGUAUAUCCCAACCUACACAAAACCGAAUCCGAAUCAAAUCAUCUCCGUGGGCUCCAAGCCCGGAAUGAACGGCGCCGGGUUCCAGAAAGGCCUCACCUGUGAGAGUUGCCACACCACCCAAUCCGCCCAGUGGUACGCCUGGGGCCCCCCCAAUAUGCAGUGCCGCCUCUGCGCCUCUUGCUGGAUCUAUUGGAAGAAAUACGGGGGGCUGAAGACCCCGACGCAGCUGGAGGGAGCUGCCCGCAGCAUCACAGAGCCCCACUCUCGGGGCCACACGUCUCGGCCGGAAGCCCAGAGCCUCUCGCCGUACACCACCAGCGCCAACCGGGCCAAGUUGCUGGCGAAAAACCGGCAGACCUUCCUCCUUCAGACCACCAAGCUGACCCGCAUCGCCCGGCGCAUGUGCCGGGAUAUCUUGCAGCCGCGGCGAGCCGCCCGGCGCCCUUACGCGCCCAUCAACUCCAACGCCAUCAAGGCUGAGUGCUCGAUCCGGCUUCCCAAGGCGGCCAAGACCCCCCUCAAGAUCCACCCGCUGGUCCGUCUUCCUCUGGCUACCAUUAUCAAGGAGCUGGCUGCCCAGGCGCCCCUCAAACCCCGAACCCCUCGGGGCACCAAGACGCCCAUCAACCGGAAUCAGCUGACCCCAAACCGAGGCUUGGCUGGCAUCGUCAGCAAACGGACUUUCGAGAACCUCUGUGUGCGACCGGGCGCAGGUGGCAGGGGGCGGGCUCCCCUUCUCGGCCAACGGACGGCCCCUAACGUCCGGCAUGAGGUCAAGCAGUCAGCCUGCCCUGAAACGUCAGAAGCUGAACCCGGCCGACGCCCCCAAUCCUGUCGUUUUUGUGGCGACCAAGGACACCAGAGCCCUGCGCAAGGCCCUGAGCCACCUGGAGAUGCGCCGGGCUGCCCGCCGUCCCAACCUGCCGGUGAAGGUGAAGUCAUCCCUGCCACUCAGGCCUCUGGGGACUCCCCUGUUGCCCGUGCCCCCAGUCCAUCCUGCCAGCACCAGCGAACCCAUCGUCCUGGAAGACUGAGUGCUGAGCUCCUCCCUCAGCCCCUCUAGGAAUCCGCUAGCCACCUCGAUCCACGCCGGAGGCCCUUUCCGAGAGUCCCCGUCGCCCAGCGUUUGCCGGUUUACGGGCCGGGGGGGAAGGGGGCGGGCCUGCCCUCUUCCCCGGGGGUGUGGGGUUUGGGCCCUGGAUCUCCCGCCCUCUCUUUUUUAUAUAUAAAUAUAUUUUUAAUUUCCACAUUUUACGUUUGUACUUCCCCCUCCCCUCCCUUCCUCCUCUCCUCCUCGGCCCAGCCUCUUCUCCUCCUCCUCCAUCCUCGAUGAUCUGAAUGCACAAAUUCGCCUGGGUCCGUUAUUUUUUUUUUUUUAAAGGGGCGUCCUCGUUUUUGACCGUCUUUGUUUAGGGACGCGGGCGGCGCUAAGAGAGGCGUGGAAUUGGGAGGAACGGGGGGGGCGUCCCUUUUCCAAACGGCCUCCUUUUUCCACCGCAUCGCUCUUUUCCCCCCCUUCUCUGUGUCGUUUUCUUCCUUCUCGGAUCCCUUAAAAAAUCU